AUGUCCACGCCUGAAGUACCCUAUGAACUUGGCCGUUCGUACGUGUCAGUGAACCUAAGAAAUCUGGUUUCUCAGAAACUGCCGACUGUGUUGUCGGGAAGCGAAGUCCAUCGGCAGACGGCCGAUUUAGCAUCCAUAGGUGUGGUUGGAGAUGAGCAGGAAGAGAACGAAACUUUCGAUGAAUACUCAUCAGAGCAUCAGCCCAUUCCCAUUGAAAGAAGCUCUGAUUUCAAGCUUAAGGAAACAAUUUGGGAAGACAAGGCUGCCCAUCUGCCUGACACGCAGGUUCUUCCUGACGAAGCAGACAGCACUACGCCCUUGGUGGAUAAACACAAAAAGUUCUAUGUGGAUGAAGAAAGCUUUGGUGAAGCAGGGCCCGCUUUUGGGUCUUUGGGGCCAGACGCAAGUUGGUCAGGAAGACUCGAACAGGGGCCUCAAUUGGAGGGAGUCCCCCAUGUUGCAGCCAAAACGCCCUUGAGAAAACAAUUGCUACGGCCGAUACAGUAUCUUCCAGCAGUAUUUUUGGGUGUACUUUUGAAUGUCCUAGAUGGCCUCUCGUACGGAAUGAUUAUGUUCCCCAUUGGAGAAGCCCUCUUUGCCGACAUGGCUCCCGCGGGUUUAUCGAUGUUCUACAUCUCCACCGUUGUAUCUCAAUUGGUGUACUCUCUUGGCGGCUCGGCCUUCAAAGCAGGAAUCGGCUCUGAAAUGAUUGAGGUAACGCCCUUCUUUCACGCCAUGGCAUAUGCAAUUCAAACAGACAUGAAGACAAAUUACCCCGACAUAAAAUCUGAUGCCAUCAUAGCAACUACAUUCGUAUCCUUUGCAGUGUCUGCGGUCGUUACCGGUGUGGUCUUUUUUCUACUUGGAAAGCUUCGACUUGGCCUGCUUGUGGGUUUCUUCCCGAGACACAUAUUGGUGGGCUGCAUCGGUGGUGUUGGAUAUUUCCUUAUCGUCACAGGCAUCGAAGUGUCGUCAAGGCUCGAGGGAGGAAUCAAAUAUGACUGGGAGACGGCUCAGUUGCUUUUUGGUAAUUAUCUCACUCUUCUCCAGUGGCUUCUUCCGGUACUUCUCACAGUGAUACUCAUAUUCCUCCAUAAACGCAUACACCACUCGCUUCUAGUGCCAGUUUUCUUCAUAAUUGUGUUUGUGGUAUUCCAUGUUGUCGUCGUCUUAGUCACAAACUGGGAUCUCGACAUGGCUAGACACUACGGUUGGGUUUUUCCGGCUGUGGAGAAUCAUGAGCCGUGGUAUAGCCACUACAGUUACUUGAAGCCAUCUCUCAUUGAUUGGGUAGCGAUUGCGAAGCAGUUUCCUAAGAUGUUGGCACUAACAUUUUUCGGCAUCUUGCAUGUGCCCAUCAAUGUUCCAGCUUUGGCUGUCACAGUGGGAAUGGAUCAAUUCGACGUGGAUCGUGAAUUGGUCGCACAUGGGUAUUCCAACGCUAUAUCUGGCCUUGUGGGAUCUGUCCAGAGCUAUCUUGUUUAUACGAACUCUGUGCUCUUUAUAAGAGCAGGUGCUGAUGACAGGCUAGCUGGUAUCUUGUUGGCCGUUGCUACUGCUUGCGUUAUGAUGAUUGGUCCAGUUGUGAUUGGAUACAUUCCAGUCUGCGUGGUUGGAUCUCUCAUCUUCCUUUUGGGAUAUGAGUUGUUGAAAGAGGCAAUUUAUGACACCUGGGGUCGUCUUCGCAAAAUCGAGUACUCCACCAUCAUCAUCAUAGUGGUUGUCAUGGGGGCAUGGGAUUUUGUUUAUGGUAUUUUGGCAGGUAUAUUACUUGCCUGUCUUUUGUUUGUCGUAGAAGCAGCCAGAAGACCUGUGGUGAGAGGAAUUUACACUGGUGUUGUUGCCCGUUCGACGGUCUUGAGACAUCCAAAGCAGCAAGAAUUCUUGAAGGAUGUUGGAAACCAGAUUUGCGUUGUCAAGCUUCAAGGCACUUUAUUUUUUGGCUCUAUCGGUGGUGUCGAGAAGACUAUCAGAGCCCGCUUCGAGAAUGGCAAGUUCACGUUAAGCCCAAUCAAGUUUCUCAUCAUUGACAUGAAAGGCGUUGACUCGAUCGACUUUUCCGCAGCGGAAGGGUUCAGGAGAAUUUUGAACUUGACAAAUGAGUUUCAAACACAGCUCAUUAUAUCUUCAGUGGAAGAAAAUGACGAUAGUGUUGUUGCAUUAAGAGACGCCGGAUUAUGGGAAAACCACAAAGGCUCGGAACCCAGUUUGCAAGUUCAAAUGUUCAGCUCGUUGAAUUACGCUCUCGAGUGGUGUGAGAACUCCUUCUUGAAAACUUACACAAAGCUUCAGGGGUCGUCCAUCAGUGGAUCGCAGAAGAUGAGUUUGAGAGGAGUUCCUUCAUCAAACAACUUUAACAAACGCCAUCACAGCAUGAGCAAACUGGUUAUGCCCAACUAUCCAAUUAAUUUUGGCACCCCCAGGACGAAACAGAUUUAUCAAGCUGCCAAAAAGACCGCUAAUGACGAACAAAAGGUACAAAGCAGGUACUAUCUGACAUCGGAUUCUUCAUUCAAGAAGCAGCCAUUGCCUCUAAUCAUGAUCACCUUUGGUGAACUUUCAAACAAGGACGAAAAGUUCUGGUCAAUGCUAGCCCCAUACUUCACUAAGGAGACAAUUCCGGCAGACAUGUGUUUCUAUGACACAAAUUGCAAGCGACCAUCGUUCUUUCUUCUUGAAGCCGGGCUUGUGAGGCAGAUCUGCAAGUUUGAGAGCGAUGAUCGAGAAUUGCACUCGAGCAUUCUUCCAAACACGGCUUUCGGGGAUCUCCUUGAACUCAGCCAGUACAGACAAGUGACGUACACCACAGUUGUCGAGACGGUGGCGUGGAGAUUGAGUGAAAAGAAAGUCAAGGAGUUGAUCAAAACCAGUGAAGGACAAGCUGUCUACAGUGAAUUGCUACAAGUGCAAACCAAGUUGUUCAAGGAGCGGUUUGACUCGCUCACCGCGAACCUCAUGAUUUCCGCGUAA